AUGGCUGCGCAGGUCGCUGCGGUGCGCGCCGUAUCCCGGGGCCCGGAGGAGUCACCCCCGUUACCCUCGGGGGACCGACCCGGCCGGCCCCGGGGUGGCGGCAGGAGGCGGCGGGGACCAGCUGGCGAGGCUGUCGGUGGCAAGCGGGCCAGGCUGAGCCAGCCGCUCCUGGUGGGGCCCAGCCCGGCGGAGCCAAUGCCCCCGGCCGCCCUGCCCGGCCUGCCCCCGGCCGCAGCCGCGGGGCUCUUCACCUUCUCUCCCCUCAGCCUACCGCAGGGACCUCCGCAGCAGGAGCGGCACCAUCACCACCGCCAUCGCCCCGCUGGCGACUCCGAGCCCGGCCAGCCUGCCGGGGCCAAGCCGCACAAGGGGAAGCGGGGGAGCACCGGGGACGGGACAGCCGGGCGGCCCAGCAAGCGAGAAGCUCCAGAUGAAAAUGGCAAAACCCAGCGAGUCGACAGUCUUAUUAUGAAGAAGAUAAAGAAAAAGAAGAAAAAGAAACACCGGGAGGAUAUGAGAGGGAAACGCCUUAAAAUGUACAACAAAGAAGUACAAACAGUUUGUGCCGGACUUACUCGCAUCAACAAAGAGAUUCUGACUCAAGUACAGAGUGAUAACUCGGAAGUGACCAAGGAAUCCUUCAGGUAUCUGAAGGAUGAGCAGCUGUGUCGAUUGAAUUUGGGAAUGCAGGAAUAUCGGGUACCCCAGGGAGUUCAGACACCAUUUAUGACUCAUCAAGAGCACUCUGUUCGCAGCAGUUUCUUGAAAACGGGCACUAAAUUUAGUAACUUUAUUCAUGAAGAACAUCAGUCUAAUGGUGGUGCUUUGGUCCUUCAUGCCUACAUGGAUGAACUCUCAUUUUUGUCUCCAGUGGAGAUGGAGAGAUUUGCAGAAGAAUUUCUUGCUUUGUCAUUCAGUGAAAAUGAGAAAAAUGCAGCCUACUAUGCUUUAGCCAUAGUACAUGGCGCAGCUGCCUAUUUGCCAGACUUCCUGGAUUAUUUUGCUUUUAAUUUCCCUAACACUCCAGUGAAAAUGGAAAUUCUGGGCAAGAAGGACAUAGAAACGACGACUAUUUCAAAUUUUCACACUCAGGUUAAUAGAACAUACUGCUGUGGAACCUACAGAGCAGGUCCGAUGCGGCAGAUAAGUCUUGUUGGAGCAGUAGAUGAAGAAGUUGGUGACUACUUCCCAGAAUUUCUUGAUAUGUUGGAGGAAUCUCCAUUUCUGAGAAUGACUUUGCCCUGGGGCACUCUUUCUAGCCUCCAGCUUCAGUGCAGGUCACAAAGUGAUGAUGGCCCCAUAAUGUGGGUGAGACCAGGAGAACAGAUGAUCCCGACAGCAGAUAUGCCAAAAUCACCAUUCAAACGGCGCCGAUCAAUGAACGAAAUAAAAAACCUCCAAUACCUACCUCGGACCAGUGAGCCCCGUGAAGUUCUCUUUGAAGACCGAACAAGAGCCCAUGCUGAUCAUGUAGGUCAGGGGUUUGAUUGGCAGAGUACAGCUGCUGUAGGAGUGCUGAAAGCUGUACAGUUUGGUGAAUGGAGUGUCCAACCUCGAAUAACCAAAGAUGUGGUUUGUUUCCAUGCUGAAGACUUCACUGAUGUGGUACAGAGACUUCAGUUAGACUUGCAUGAACCUCCAGUGUCACAGUGUGUUCAAUGGGUGGAUGAAGCCAAGCUAAACCAAAUGAGACGGGAAGGCAUUCGCUAUGCUAGAAUCCAGCUGUGUGACAAUGACAUCUACUUCAUCCCUAGAAAUGUCAUUCAUCAGUUCAAAACAGUGUCAGCGGUCUGCAGUUUAGCCUGGCAUAUAAGGCUCAAACAGUACCAUCCUGUGGGGCAGUCUUCUCAAAAUGCAGAAAGCAAUUCAAACAUGAACAGUAAUAUCCCUGAAAAGACAGAGUCAGAAGGUGAACCCCAAUGUGUGAGUGUAAAAACAGAGUCUGAGGAACCAGGUGUAGAAAUGCAGCUUACAACAGGGGCACCAUCCUCCUCCUCCUUAAUUUCAUCAAUAUCGGGACUCGUUCUGCAACCAGAUCAGGUGGCCCAGCCUCUUCCAGUUCUUAAACUAGAAUCUGAUCAGCAACAUAAUCCACAGGAUCACACAGACUCUUCUGUGUGAUAUGUACAUAGUCAAACAUUUUUUAACAACUUUUUAAAAUUUUGAUGUGAAGUUAUAGUUUUAUAACUUGCUUAUGUUUUAUUGGAGAAAUCUUGCCUAUAAUUCUAUAAAGAAAGGUGACAUUCCAAAAUGUCAAGCAUAUCUUUUUUACACAGAUUAUGCAAAAGAUCAAGUUGUAUUUUACUCCCAUAGUACAGCAUGUAAUAGUGGUCUACCACUUCUUUCUGUUUAAUGAGGUAAUAAUUCAAUAUCUUCUCAUCAAAAUCAGAAUGGAAUUCCUCCAGGCGCUAAAAAUCACAGAACUAUCUUGGUAAAUCUAAUUCCCCUACUUAAUUUUAAUUUAGCCUUCACCAUAAAAGGACGACUUCUGUAGAAGACUCUCCCAUCUGAUUUUAAUUGCUAAAAUCAAAGAGAAAGCACAGCACUUUUGAUGAUCAGUGAUGUUUUGGUCUGUCUGUUCUUAAAUUCGUGGUGGAUACUCAAAUUACUAGAUGUAUAGAUCUUUUAAUUUUUAAUUGUUAAACAGUUCAU